UAUUGAUUGUACUCGUGUGAAGUAACUUUACUGCGUAGUUGGUAGUGGGACAAUACGUCUGUUGAGUAACAACAACAGGAUGAUGUAAUAGCAGUAUGGAGUAAAAUACGGAACUAAAUAGUGAAAAGUAGAAAAAAUAAAUAACGAAGAUAGUACGAAUAUUCCUUAUGUCUUGUGUUACAUUUCGAUAGUAAGUUUGGUGAUGCUAUGAAGACUUUCCUUGUAUUAGCAUUACUCUUUGUGUCUGUUAGAAGCUGUGAGAAUGCAAUAUGCGAGUUCGUAUAUAAUAACCCUGAUUGGGAGGAUCAUUCCAGCAAAGAAGAUACUUCCUUUGAAAUUACAGUGGAGCAGGGCAAGGUCACUGGUAUUGUCACUGCCAGUUUUGAUAUAAUAUCACCAACAUGUGAAUAUAAACAAAAAAGCCAUCAAAUUCAUGAUUUCUUGAGGUUUUACACUCGUGGGUAUGGAGAAUCAUUCCAAUCACUGAUAUUCAAGAUACGUUACAGCACGGACACCUAUUUCUAUAUUAAUGGGAAGAAUCAAUAUGAUCAGAUAGUUGGAGAUACAGAUAGAACUAUAACAGGGAAAGCAGCUAAUAUUCAGAUAUCAGACCAGUACUCUGAUUACUACAAGAUCUAUCUUGGAGACCCUGGUGAUGCUACAAGUUUGGACUACAACUUUGAAUCAGCGGUCAAUUGGAACUGGUUUCAGAAUAUCAAUAACAACGUGCGUCUACGAGAUACAGUGAGGAUAAAAAAUGGCGGAAGAUGUACAGUGUUUAAAUACAUAUCAGCCUGCUCCGAUCCUACCCCAAGACUCUGCGACGAAGACGAAGCUAUAACACAAACUGUGAACCUCGGCUACUCCUACACUCUCACGUGUGCUGGCUCUGGAGCUCCUUAUCUUGAUGUCAAGUGGACUAAAGACGGUAAACCUACUGUUAUACUGCCAACUAAUACCUACACCUCUAUAGAGGCGGAUCACAGGAUAGAGUCGGCUGUCACUAUAGGUAGGGUCACUACUGCUCACCUCGGAACUUGGACCUGCACAAUCCUCAACAAGAACUUCAUGAACAGUGUAACUAAGACAUACACGUUACAGUAUACUCACUCUGUAUCAAUCAUUAGCUCCUCACCUUUAGAUUACUACACAGAAAAUAGUGAAGACACUGCGUUUGAGUGGGUUGUACAAGGAUGGCCACUAGAACAAGUUGUACUAGAUUGUGGAGGUAAAGGCGCGGUAACAAGAGAUGAGAGUGGAUAUGCCUCCUCCACUCCUCCUCAGGUCAUAUUAACACUAACUAUAAGUAACCAGGAUGAAGUGAGCUGUACUCUGAAGAAUGGAGAUAACGACCUGGAUACUCGUCAGAUCACUAGAGUUGGAUAUAAGUGUGAGGCUGGAGAGGGUGGAUAUGGUAAAGACUGUGAGGAGUGUCCAGCAGGACAAACAAGUAAAGCUGGAGUAGGAGACUGCUCCUCUCCUGAAAGCGCUUGUUCAGAGGGAUACUGGGGAUAUAAUGGAGUGAGCUGUCAACCGUGUCCGGACAACCAAACCAGUCGGCCUAAAACUGUGAAAAUACAGGAGUGCUUUCUUGAUGUAAGUUAUUGUCUGGAAGGCCAAUAUGGAUAUGAAAGCGAAUGCAGUGAAUGUCCAGAAGGAAAGACAAGUUCUACGGAAACAAAGAAAGUGGCGGAAUGCUUCCCUGAUGUAAGUCACUGUGCUGAAGGACAAUAUGGAUAUGAAAGCAAAUGCAGUGAAUGUCCAGAAGGAAAGACAAGUUCUACGGAAACAAAGAAAGUGGCGGAAUGCUUCCCUGAUGUAAGUUACUGCGCUGAAGGAAAAUAUGGAUAUGAAAGCAAAUGCAGUGAAUGUCCAGAAGGAAAGACUAGUUAUGCGGAAACAAAGAAAGUGGCGGAAUGCUUCCCUGAUGUAAGUUACUGCGCUGAAGGAAAAUAUGGAUAUGAAAGCAAAUGCAGUGAAUGUCCAGUGGGAAAAACAAGUUCUACGGGAACAAAGAAAGAGGCUGAAUGCUUUCUUGAUGUAAGUUACUGCGCUGAAGGAAAAUAUGGAUAUGAAAGCAAAUGCAGUGAAUGUCCAGUGGGAAAAACAAGUUCUACGGGAACAAAGAAAGAGGCUGAAUGCUUUCCUGAUGUAAGUUACUGCACUGAAGGACAAUAUGGAUAUGAAAGCGAAUGCAGUGAAUGUCCAGUGGGAAAAACAAGUAAAGCAUUUGCAAAACAAGCUCAUGAGUGUAUAGAACCACAAGCAAAUAUCGCUGUACCUGUAGGAACAUGUGCUGGAGGGUUGGUCUUCAUCCUGGCUAUUCUUCUAGUGAUUAUUUUAGUUAUCCGGAAGAGAAGACGGAAUAGGGGAAAUGUUUUAGUAUCAAGAACUGAGCCCUCUACAGGAUCUGAAGUUGAUACUCCAAGACCCCUUCAUGUGACAGACCCAGAGAGUGAUUUACCUGACUCGGACUACACUUACGCUGUCAUCAACAGACCUGUUACAGUGAACAGAUUCAAGGCUUCAGGUAACAGCUGCAGAAAGAAAAGUAUCGCAGUCUCUAAUGCGGUGCCAUCGAGUACAGAUAGCUUCUUCACAACCCAGGAUGGAUAUCAGAUGGAAGUGAUGGGAUCUAAUCUCACCACGUUAAACACAGAAGGGGAUGCAUCUUACGCUACUUUAGGUGAAGUUCAGAGAACUUCUUCUACUAAUCCUGUUGAAGAAGAGAGUGCGUACGCGUGCCUGGACAGAUCUGGUGAAGUUAAGAGGGCCUCUUCUCCUACUCCUGUUGAAGAAGAGAGUGCGUACGCGUGCCUGGACAGAUCUGCAACAAAGAAAACCAGAGGAACACACAACAUGAAGGCAAACACUAAUCUUCAAGAGGACGACUCCCUUUACACUAAAAUCGGAGAUAGGAAGCAAAGCAGAGCUGAAGAAACUACUGAUGCAGUUGAGGAGGAGGUGCUCUACACAAACUUUAAUCAGUUUGGAUCUUCCUCAGUAACAAGUGUAUCGUUUAAGAAGAAAGAAGGAGAAGGAGUAGGAGAAGAAGGAGAAGAAGGAGAAGAAGGAGAAGAGGACACGUACGCUACAGUAGAACUGGUGACUUCAUCCAGACUGAGACAGAGAGAGACAGUGGUACAGUCAGAGAGAGUUGAUGUGAACUACUCUACAAUAUCUGAACUUAGAGAGAACAUUCAGAACACUGAGAUUGAGAAUACUGAGGAUAUUUACAUGAACGUGGGCAAGGACUAAUCACUAAACCGUGACAAUGUGAAUAGCUAAUAUAAGUGGUUCUUUUAAUUAAUGCAUACCUAGUAAUUACACAGAAAUGAUAAACAGACGGUGUUUAUCAUUAAUUAUGUUGACAUUUGUACCCUAAUGAUUUUUGACGCAAGAUGUGAGAGGUGAUAAUGAUAAGAUCAGGGAUUGCGUAUUUUUAACGACAAAUGUAAAAAAUAAAACAUAAUACUUCGACUUUUGAGCUGAAUAAUGAUCGUAUUUACCUAUUCAACAGUAUUCAUUUAGUUUUUGUACAUACCAUAAUUUAGUUAUUGCCAAGAUUUUCUGGCAAUAACUUCAUUUAUUUAAUGAACA